AUGAACAUUGAGGAUAUAGUGCCUGAGUUAUUUUACGAAAAAAGAGUGUAUUACUGCCAGCGAUGUCUUAACCAUGGACUAGAAGUUAAACGAAAAAACCACAAAGCUGAAUGUACAUAUCGCUACUGUGUCUGUAAUGACUGUCAGAUGGUUGACCGUCGUCGAGAACUGAAUUCUCGUUUGCUACAGUUUGAUAACGUUACUCCGCCAGCAUCCGGUUCUGCAGACCCCGUUUCAAAUGUAACCGCCUUUUUUAACGAUAUUUCUUCUUCACCUCAAACCUCAAAAGGAAAAGAACGUCGGCCAAAUUGUCAGCGUUGUGCACAGCAUUCAGUAAUGGCGAGGCUUAAAGGACACAAACGAUGCUGUCCAUUUAGGGAUUGCUCAUGCGCCAAAUGCCAAGUCGUCCAGGAAAGACAGAAGCUCAUGGCUGAUCAACAAACCUUAGGCUACCAACAGUUGCUGUCGUUUAUCGACCCAACAGCUAUGAUCAAUCCAAGUUUACUUACAGCUAUAUUAGCUGUAUGCCCACAUAACCAAAAUGAUCUCUGA